AGAUCUCCGAUCUAAGCAACACCCUCGCGUUAACGCCAAUUUCAGCACUACACUUCCGUUCUUCCCGAUGGCCGGCUUUACUCGUGCGUUAUGCAUCGCUGCACUGUUCGUGGCCACCCUCACCGUCGCCUCUGCAGCACGCAGCUGUGGCAUCGAUCACUGUACCACCUGCAUCGCGAAUUAUUGCACCUGGUGUGAGGGUGGCUUCUACGCGUGGGGUGGGACGUGCAAUGCCUGCACGGCCAACUGUCGCAGCUGCGUUAUCGCAGGCCGUUGCACGUCGUGCAAUGACGGCUACACGCUCACGUACUUCCCGAACGGGACCAACGGUAAGGAGUUUACCAGGUACGGCGCCUGCGAAGUGAAGGGUCCUGCCACUGCCUGCAGCGAUCCGCAAUGCACGAGCUGCAUUGAUGGGACGUGCCUCUACUGUUCCAAAGGAUUCUACGCCAAGGACGGCAGAUGCGCCUCUUGCGAGGCUGCACACUGCACUCACUGCGAGAUUUCCGGCCGCUGUCUCGCAUGCGAUGCGGGCUAUUAUCUCCGGUACGUCAACUCCACCGAGAACGAAACGAUCAUCAGCCACUGGGGCACGUGCAUCAACGGCGCCACCUUCUUCAACGCGUACGCUGUUUUGGUGGGCACGGUUGUCGUCGCAUUGACCCUCAUGGUCGCUUAA